CCUGAACUUCCGCAUUAAGCAGGAAGAAGUUAGUCAGAGAGCCAGAUGCAAUCCACAUCAACACACCCAAAUCUGCCUGUAUAUGACUGUUUUUGGUGUUGAGAUUUAUUAGAGAAUAAUAUUUUGAGGUGGAAUCGAUGUCCAUGAAGCUGUUAUCUUGAAACUAACUGGUGAAACAAGGAUUAAUACAUUUGAAAAGAUGGAUGACAUUGACGCCAUGUUCAGUGAUCUGCUGGGGGAGAUGGACCUCCUCACUCAGAGUCUCGGUCAGGAAACAGUACCUCCUGCAUCUCUCCCCAGCACCAACAAGGAAGUCAACUUCUCCAUUGGCUUCACUGACCUAAAUGAGUCCCUCCAUGAACUGGAAGACAAUGACUUGGAUGCGCUCAUGGCUGAUUUGGUGGCUGACCUCAAUGCAACGGAAGAGAAACUUGCAGCAGAAAUAAAAGGUCUAAAGGUGCCAUCACCGCCCCCGCCAGACCUGCCACUACCACCGAAGGGACUGAGCACACACCCUGCCUCCUCCCUCGCUUACCCAACAUCAACCGCGAGCAGCACCAGCAGACCUGUUAGCACCCCGGCCUCCUCCGCCACCUCCCCUUUACCACCUCCACCUCCUCAGUCUGCAAAGCCUACAAAGGAGGAAAUCGAGGCGCAGAUGAAAGCAGACAAAAUCAAGCUUGCUCUUGAGAAGCUCAAAGAAGCUAAAGUGAAAAAGUUGGUGGUGAAGGUGCUGUUGAAUGACGGCAGCUCCAAGACUCUGAUGGUCGACGAGAGGCAGAAUGUCAGGGAAGUUCUGGAAAACCUGUUUGAGAAGACUCACUGUGACUGCAAUGUGGACUGGAGCCUGUGUGAGACCUACCCUGACCUGCAACUUGAACGGACGUUUGAAGACCACGAGAACCUUGUGGAGCCUCUCUCAGCAUGGAUGAGGGACAGUGAGAAUAAAAUCCUCUUUCAAGAGCGGGGGGAAAAAAAUGAGGUUUUCAAAAACCCACAGAACUUUUAUCUAUGGAAGAAGGAUAAGAAAGCUCUCAAAGACAUAAAAGACAAAGACAAGGAGUUAUUAAUACAGGAGAACUUCUGCGGGACUUCCAUCAUUGUGCCUGAUCUCGAGGCGGUGCUGUAUCUCAAAGAAGACGGCAAGAAGUCCUGGAAACAGCGGCUCUUCCAACUGAGGGCCUCUGGAAUUUAUUAUGUGCCCAAAGGGAAGACCAAGUCAUCCCGUGACCUCAUCUGCUUUGUCCAGUUUGACAAUGUAAAUGUCUACUAUGGUAAAGACUUUAAGACCAAAUACAAGGCCCCAACUGACUUCUGCUUUGUUCUGAAGCAUCCUCAGAUCCAAAAAGAAUCUCAGUAUGUCAAGUACCUGUGCUGUGAUGAUGCUUGGACCAUGAACCUAUGGGUAACCGGAAUACGGAUUGCAAAGUAUGGUGUGUCGUUGUAUGAAAACUAUAAAACCGCUGAGAAGAAGGCUGCUGUCAGUUCUGUGUGGUCGAACCGCAGCACCCCAUCGAGCUCCAAUCCAUCAACGCCCUCACCCACCAUCAAAGCCAAAUCACCAAGCCAGGCCAAUGGUCAUGCUCCAAAGCCCCAACUGAGGCCUGUUUCUGAGGACCUUGGAAAUGUCGCACCUCCACCCCCACCCCCACCCCCACCCCCACCAUUGGCCAAGAUCCUUGCCCCGCCGCCAGCAGACCAAUUCUUCCCUCCUCCACCUCCUUUGGCUGCCGCAAAACCUGCCCUUCCUCAGAGAAACUUGCCAACCAAGUUUCCUCCACCUGCAAUGGACAAUCUCCCUCCUCCACCGCCGUCCCCACCCAUCGACAAUGCCUCAGAGGCCCCGCCAGACUUCCUUCCACCCCCUCCUCCUGUCGCUGGCUUUGGAUCACUGCCGCCUCCUCCUCCGCCAGUGAACUCCCUACCACCACCGCCUAGUUUCAGAGGUAUGGACCAGUCUCUGCCUCCUCCACCACCAGAUCCAGAGUUUUUACCACCGCCUCCACCUCAGUCAAUGUUCACAGGGGCUGGAGCACCCCCUCCGCCUCCACCACCUCCUCCACCAGCAGCUGCUGCUGCCCCAAGAGCAGCGUUGCAGCCUUCUGGCUCAGUGAAGAAGAUGCCUCCUGCUCCGCCAAAGAGGACUACACCAUCGAUGCAAGGAGGAGGUGGAGGAGACUUCAUGUCAGAACUGAUGCUGGCCAUGAACAAGAAGCGUGGGGAUCAUUAACCUGAGAAAGAAAUUUGUGGAGUAUAAAUAUAGUACGAACUGUGCCCGCACAAUGACCAACUUAACCUUUAGUCAGCCUUGCCUUGAUUUCAGCAAAACAGCUACUCUUUACAUCCACAACAAUACUUAACAUCUCCAACAUGAAGCCAGUGGAGAGCAAUACAGACUUCAUCCCUUCUAGAAAACAGACAGUGAUCCACCCAUCCUUUUUCUAAACUGCUUAUCCAAGACAUAAUCUUGCAUGAAUCAGACCAGUUUUGUACAGUGUUUAAAAACCACAUCACAAUCACAGACACCAGUGACAAAAUUUGCUGAAAGAAAACAUGAUGCUAACAUAUCUGUUAAUGUAACAAACUUGAGGUGACAUUUCUUUCAUAUGACAUAAAAAAUAUGCUGUCAUCAUACUUAAAAGAGAAAGUUUUAUAGAAUUGUAUAUACUGUUGCAUGGAGGGCUGUAAAUACUAUGAAAACACUUUACCAGUUACUUUCCAGGCAUUUACAUUGCCUUACUGUAGUUUUCAAAUGACUGUUGCCGAAAUAAAUCCUUAAUGUUCCUGGUGGCAUAAGAAAUGCAUUAACUGAA